UUAAGUGAAGUGUCUUUACGUACUGCCACAAAUUUGAUGAUUUUAGGCAUGCAUUUAGUUCAUCAGCAACAGUUGAUCGGGGAAUAACUGGAAGAGUCUGACUAAAAUCCUGACAACAGAAUCGUGGCCCUACCAAAAAUAUAUUGGUUGUCACGAAUAUCUUUCAACGUUCUGUCCUGUGCCUCCUGUGCAUCCCAAAAAAUCAAUAUGAAUACCUCUAGGAUCUUGGCCAUUGCGCUAUUUUUGGCGAUGUUGCUAAUUGGUGUUUCGGUAAUUUGCAUGUUUAGUGGUAAUUUAAAGGCAAAAUGUAGAGUUCGCCCGCCUUCUAGCAGAGUCUAUUCAGCUAUUCCAGAUGAAGCCAACGCUAGAGCAUCAUCAUUGCCAAAAGCAAUGAAAUUAAAAACGUUUUUCCGGUUCCUUCAGGAGUAUCAAGGAAAUAAAUUCCACCAGAUCCACUCUUCACAGCUUCUAUAUAAGUGUCGUACGCAAAUCUUUGUUGUUGAUUUAAUUGUGGGACAUUUGUACGAACUGUUUCGGCCAAUUAUUCAAUGUCGUACUGAUGUUCUCUUUGCAACUCGUGGUUUAAUGCAUCGUGCAUAUGAUGCAUAAGAUAAAAAUUGACUGUCCAUUUUAUUUAGAAAACGUUUGUUCUGUUUCCAGGAUUUUCCAGGCUAUUUUUGGAACCUUCCCUUUUAAACCUUCCCUAGACCUCCACGAAUAAUUCAAGACCAAGGUGAGAUAAAUCCGUUCAGCCGUUCUCGAGUUAUACUAUAUUAUAUGAUAUUAUAUUAUUUUAUAAUUAUUAUUAUAUUAUAUUUUUUUACGUUUACUUACCAAAUCAUCUGGUCGGAAGACGAUUAUCCUGUACCUUUGCUUUCCUGCCGUCUUCCACGCCCUUUUCUGUAACAGUGGGAUCAGCAAUCCAUCCUGAAACGCGUGGCUUGACACUUUGUAGGUGUUGUGCAAGAAUAUUCUCUUAAUGUUGUCGUUCGAACGAACGAUAUAUAUAUUAUAAUAUAUAUUAUAAUUUAAUGAGUAGGCCUGAAAAGUAAAGUCAUACUUAAAUAUACAAUACAAAAUCCUUAUGAGGCUUAGUUAACUAUUAAAACUUUCUGAAAUGUCUGUAAUAUUUAAUGCGAGUGUAAAUACUAAUAGCGCUGUUGAGUAUCAGACAAUAUCAUCCACACAAAGUCAUUUAGCGGAGGAGCAGUCGGAGCGCUUGCACAAGUGGAUUUCAAAUGAUCAACUCGAGAAACUUCAUUCGGCGUUUCUUAACACUCCCGAGCGUCAUGGUGGCAUUGAUGAAUUGCGUAUCAUACUUGAAGAACUAGACAUAACGUUCAAUGAUUCAAUGUAUACACGGCUCUUUUUAAAGAUUAAUCAGAAUCGUGAUUUUAAGGUGGAUUGGAAUGAGUUUGUAUCUUAUUUAAUAUUUGGCUUUCAAGAGGAGGAUCCGAGCAGCCAAAAGGAGUCUUUAAUUUUACCAAUCUCCGGACCCCCAAUGGUUAGGAAAUCAGAACACCGUUCAGCUAUAUGUUGUUUGGCCCUCCUCAAAGCCAAAUCGGACCAAAUACCAAUUGAUGAAGUAACCGAGACUAUUAACUUUUCCUUUGGCGGUGAGGAUUCUCCAGAAGCUUCUGGAAUGUGGGUCACGGCCAGCCACGAGGGAAUGAUGCGUUUUUGGACAUCUCAUAUGGAACCAAUUCGAACUGCAUCGUCGGAAAGCAGUAAGUUUAAAUAAAAUAUUUUACGUUAUAAAAAACAUAUCCAUUCCAUUUUGUAAAUAUA